AUGAAACCAGGGGACAGUGCGCGAAACACUCUCUCCGUCCCAGAUAUCAUCAAGUUUUCCUAUGCUAUGUCAGUCCACCGGUCAAUUUCUGUUGCAUACUGUUGCGGACUUCCUGGUCGUAUGGCAAUGAUCUGCAGCAUUCUUCGGGCAUCGCUCAGCCUAGAGUCUCAUGUCAAACGCAGUAAUGCUUGA